AUGAAUAACGGCUUUCAUAUCCGACCUGCUCAAGAAGCAAAACAAGAUUCAACGUUCAUCUUACAAGCUCAUGAUUCAGCAGUGAGAUAUCUUACAGAUACCGUAGGAAGUAAUCAAUGGGGAAAUCAACCAUUCAGUACAAGAGAAAGGGCAGUUACUCUCAUCAAACAAUUAGUCAUCAAAAGUGAAGAAGAAUUACAGGGAGAUCAAUAUAUAAGAACAGUUAUUGCUGAAAAGCUUUCUCAAGACGGCAGACAAACAAUCAAGUGUGGUGCUGCAACUGUGGAUGCCGUCUUUCCAACAUACGUCACAAACGUUGAAGAAUUACGAGCGCAUAUUCGAUCAACUAUAGAAUCCAAAGAUUUCCUUUAUUUAGAUAGACUCAUUUCCGAUAGAAACACGCCGGACAAUCUCAGUAAAGGUGUUGGAAAAGCAUUAUUGGAUUAUUGCAAAUCCCUUACACGAAAAGAAGGAAAGAGGUUUUUAUUUUCUGAUUGUUUUGCCGGACCUCCUUUUGGUCUUCGUGAAUAUUAUCAAUCCCAAGGCUUUCGCAUUAUUGGUCCUUUUGGCGUUCCGAAUAAACACGUAGACGGAACAGAUUGGCCAGGCGUAUUGUUGUGCUGUGAUUUGAUGAAAGAGUGA